CAAGUUGUGCCUACAUAGAUCAAGAGCACAGCACAUUGCCGCUCUGUUUAACUUGACACGUCGUCUGUUCAUAAAGAGAGCAGAAAGGAACUCGAUCUACUUGUGUUCCUCCAUAUUUAGUGCACUUGGGGAUUGGUUAUCAGUGUGUUUUAGUGAUAAAUCUGCAAUAAUUUCACCGUCAUGUCGUCAGAUAUAGAGCCUUUUCCAGCGGUGCUUGAGCUGAACGUCGGAGGCCAAGCUUACACCACGGCUUUAUCAACUCUAACUAAGGACAGAGAUUCUCUGCUAGCUGAAAUAUUUACCGGCAGAUCCGAGUCAGAUCUAGCACACAGAGAUUCGAGGGGCAGGUACUUCAUCGAUAGGGAUGGCCAGUUGUUCAGAUACAUUCUGGAUUACCUACGGACUCAUAAGCUCCUUUUACCCGAAGACUUCUCAGAGACAUCUCGCCUGUACGAGGAGGCGAGGUUUUAUCGGCUUGCCGGGCUCAUGAGCCUGCUCGGAUCGUCACCAAGUCCACAUACAAAUGCCGCAUCGAAUUCAAUAUCGAGCAACGGCACUCCUGGGAAGGCUGCAGGGUUCCUGACCAUCGGCUACCGGGGUACGUUCGCCUUCGGACGUGACGGUCUGGCAGAUGUCAAAUUCAGGAAGGUUUCUAGGAUCCUGGUGAGCGGAAAGGUUUCGUUGGCACGGGAAGUCUUCGGGGACACUCUGAAUGAAAGCCGGGACCCCGAUCGCGGACAGAGCAGUCGUUACAGCGCACGGUUCUACCUGAAACAUAUCUACUUAGAGCAAGCAUUCGACAUACUAGCCGGGUCUGGUUUCAAGUUUGUCAGCUGCUGCGCAUCAGGAACGAGCUCCCAGGUCGGUCCGACGGAGACCGAGGAAAGUAAAUGGCAUCAUUACAAUGAAUUUGUGUUCCAACGACCGUAAGUUUGGACAUGACUUGACACUCUUCGAUCAAUUUCACCAUGUACAUUGAUGAUUGUGUGAUAUUUGAACAUGUCCAGCGCUCUUUUAGAAAGGAAUUACUUAUUUGUUUCUCUCUCUAUAUGCUAUAGUUUCAACGUAUAACGUGGAAGAUGAGACCGUAGCAGCUUCUCGUCAUUAAUGUCUUAAACUCAAGGGAAAUAACGAAUGUUACCGUGAACACUAAUGUACAUUAUGCGUUUAAUACAGUCAAUGUUCGUUCACUUAUUUUAGAAAGAAUUAAGAGUACAAAGGUCUGUAAUAGAUGCCUU